AUAAACAAGACUCAAUAAUUGAUAAGGAUGCAGUUUAUAAUAGCAGUACGAUUCACCACUCCGGGAGAGAUCAAGGAACAACUUAAGGAUCUUGAAAUUCCAAUAUCUAUUAACUUUGAGCGAGAUGAUGUCAAUCGUCUUAUAAAUGUUAAUUGGUUGAAAUUCAUGGUACGAAGUAAAGUUGAGGUUUGUUCAACUAGAAGACUUCGAUUGAUUUAUAGUGGUAGAGUAUUGAAUGAUAAUACCAAUUUCAAAACUGAUAUUCUUGAACCCAAAAUACGGCAGCUGUUGAUAGAAAGACAACAGGAAGAGCGGGGGUCGGUCCAGCUGGUACUGCCACCUCCAUCAGGAAUAGCUGACUCCUUAAAGAUUUAUAUCCAUUGUCUUGUUGGUGAUAUUCUUACUGCUAGUCAGCUUGCAGAGGAAGGAAAGUUAGAUAAUGGUCCACAAGAGAGAACAACUACACCAGAAGUGGUUGGAUUUGAUCGUCUUUUGCAACAAGGGUUUUCUCAAGGAGAUGUUCAAGAUUUAAGAAGACAAUUCCAAGCCAUAUAUAACCCUAAUGAUAAUAUAGGGGGCGCCACUGGGACAGGUGAUAUACAUGAUUUAGAAGAAGAGGAAAGAAGACAACAACAUAUCAGACAACUUGAAGAUAGAUGGAUAGAAUCAACCGUCACUCCUGCUGGAGUUGAUGGAGACACAACUAUGAGACCACAAGUAUCAACCACGGACACUCAAGGAUUACCAACACAAGGUGUAGAACCAACACAACCAUCACUUGAGAUUGAUGAUGUUAAUGGUAAUGAAGAUUUGUUGGUUGGACUUUUACUUGGUGUAUUUUUAGGAGUUUUAGGAGUGGUAUUUCUUGCCGCAGAUGAUACUGUUUUCAAUCAACGUCAAAGAAUGGCAAUAAUAGCAGGUAUUUUCAUAAACUUUGGUAUAUCCACAGUACGUGGUCAAUGGUUAUAGGAAAAAAUAUAAAUAUUUGCACAAUAGUUCAAAAUAAUUGGUCAAAUUAGCUAUACAA